AGGAAGGAAGGCCUCCCCGCCUGCUGGGGGCUGUAGUCCUCGCUUCCCCCGGAGGCCGAUGCACUCUCGCCGAGCAGGAGGACUAAUGAACUACAAGUCCCAGAAGCCUCCAUUCUCUCCCGUCCCGAGCCUAUCGCUCCCCUUUGCCUGCCGGGUAUUGUAGUCCGUAGCUUGACUCCGCCCUGGCGGGCGGCUGAGAGAGAACUACACGUCCCAGGAGGCUGUGCGGCGUGCCUGUCCCUUCGGUGUUGUUGCGUCUGCCCCCGCCGCUGCUGCUGACUGUUUGGUGGCUGAAAUAGCACUGCUCCAUCCCUGUGCAACAGGACCCCAGCCACCCGGUUUUACAGAAGUGGAUGUCUUAGCAUCUUUGGGCCAUGGCUCAUCUGAGGGAUUUUGCUAAUGAGCACUCCAGGGUGGACCCAGAAGAACUGUUCACCAAGCUGGAGAGGAUUGGCAAAGGCUCGUUCGGUGAGGUGUACAAAGGAAUCGACAACCGCACCAAGGAGGUGGUUGCCAUCAAGAUCAUUGACCUGGAGGAGGCGGAGGAUGAAAUUGAGGACAUCCAACAGGAGAUCACUGUGCUCAGUCAGUGUGACAGCCCCUACAUAACCCGCUACUAUGGGUCCUAUCUGAAGAGUACCAAGCUGUGGAUAAUUAUGGAGUACUUGGGUGGAGGCUCAGCACUGGAUUUGCUAAAGCCAGGACCCUUGGAAGAGACCUACAUUGCCACUAUCCUGCGGGAAAUCCUCAAGGGCUUAGAUUACCUGCACUCUGAGAGGAAGAUUCACAGGGACAUCAAAGCUGCCAACGUGCUGCUAUCAGAACAAGGGGAUGUGAAACUGGCUGACUUUGGUGUGGCUGGACAGCUGACGGACACCCAGAUCAAAAGAAAUACGUUUGUUGGGACUCCCUUCUGGAUGGCACCAGAGGUCAUCAAACAGUCUGCCUAUGACUUUAAGGCAGAUAUCUGGUCCCUUGGAAUUACAGCCAUUGAACUCGCAAAGGGAGAGCCCCCGAAUUCUGACCUGCAUCCUAUGCGGGUGCUCUUUCUGAUCCCCAAAAACAACCCUCCAACAUUGGAGGGACAUCACAGCAAGCCCUUCAAAGAAUUUGUGGAAGCCUGUCUCAACAAGGACCCUAGAUUUAGGCCAACUGCGAAAGAGUUGCUAAAGCACAAGUUCAUCACACGCUAUACCAAGAAAACCUCAUUCCUCAUGGAGCUGAUUGACCGAUUCAAGCGCUGGAAGUCAGAGGGCCAUGGAGAGGACUCCAGCUCUGGUGAUUCUGACAUUGAUGGAGACGCAGAAGAUGGAGACCAGGGUCCAAUCUGGACGUUCCCACCAACUAUUCGCCCCAGUUCCCUUAAACUGCACAAAGGAAUAGCUCUCCAUGGCUCUCAGAAGUCUGCUGAGCCCAUCAAGCGGCAGCCCCGAUCACAAUGUCUCUCCACGCUUGUCCACCCAGUCUUUGGGGAGCUCAAAGACAAGCACAAGCAGACUGGAGGGAAUGUGGGAGCUAUGGAGGAGCUGGAGAAUGCCUUUAGCUUGGCUGAGGAGUCCUGCCCAGGCAUCUCUGACAAACUGAUAGCACACAUGGUGGAGCGCGUACAAAGGUUUUCACAUAGCCGGAACCACCUGACUUCAGCCCGCUGACCAGUACAGUCAUUGCUGCUCUUUAAUGGGGAGGGAGGAUUUUCCCAACAUCAUAAGAACUACAUCUCUAAUCCAGACCACUGUCAUCUGCUGUUGGAUGUAACAUUGUGACUCCAGGACAUUUCAGAGCCUUCAUCUAUACAUGUUUCCAUGACAACCAAGGGUGGGGGUCACAAUGCAAGUACAAUUUAGACCUUUUGCAGAGCCCAAGGAGGGAUGGUCUAAUUGUUUUUACACUGUUCUUAAUGGAGUUUUUAAUUGUUCUCUCUGUGGAUGUAUCCUUUUUAUUUGAUUCAGAGCUUGUUAAAAGGUAAAAUCCUGGCUGGUGGAGCAAGAGGGAAGUUCUCCUGUACUCAGAUGUUUCAAAAGGGAAGUAUGUUGGGUUUAGCCUUCUCCUCUCCCACAAGGAAGUGUAGGUGAAUGGUAAUUCACAAGGAGUGCAGAUGGCUCCAGGCUUUCCAUACACUACAGCAUUCUAGUGGAGUCAGAGCAGCACUCUAGCCCCACAAGGAUUUUUUCAACUCCUUUAGAUACUAGUGGAACAAAGGCUUUAACUAGCAGCAGUGAAAGUAAGUUUGCUGCUGUCCCUCUACUUUUCAUUCAAGAGUUGCUGCAUUGUUUUGUCACUUUCACAGGAUGGGUUUGCUGACUGCUCUGCCAGCGGUUCUGGGGAUAUCGCUCUUUAACUAGGCCUUGCUUUACUUAAGCUACACUAGAGCAAAGUUUGCCUCACUUCCAUAGAGCAGAAGGGACAAGGCAGCUGCAUUUGGUUUAAAACUAUCUCAAAUGGGGGUUAGGAGUUGCUUAUGCUCCCUUCAGAGCCUCCUCCUGCUGCUUCUCACGUGACCAGCAGACGUACCAGGUGCGUUGGCUUGUGGCAGACUGAGCGCCAUGACUCUCCUAAGGUGAGACAGACUAAACACUAAGAUUAAAGUGCAUUAGAAAAGGGACCUUUGUCAUGCAAAGAUGUUUAAAAGAUUAGUCUGAAAUUCUUUAAAAUGAUUCUCAAUUGAAGAAAAUUCAGCUUUUACUUUACCUAUUAAAUGGCUGGUAUCAUUGCUCCUUGGUGGCUAUAUCCCAAAUGCUGUGAUUGGGAUACCAAAGUCAAUUUCUCCCCCACUUUACUCUCAUGAACCAUUUCUUAAAACUCUGCUCUAAAUGACUUGAAGCCAACAGUCUCAGCCAGAAGUACAGUCCAGAUAAUAAGCUGCAUCUCUCAUUGCUUUGAAAUGUUAAUAGACACUUUAGUCAUUCAAGGUAUUCUCAUGGAGCAACUUCAACUAGUUUUGCUUUCUUGACAAUGUUAGUUUAGCCAGGAAUUUCAGUUCUCCAUUUUAUUUCAUAGAUUUGUAUACAAGAUACUCCAAGGAUCUGGAAGGAAACCAGGCUUGUAAAGAGACAGGGCUGAAAUUUUGAAAGCUGGAUACCUAAAGCUAAGCAGCUAAAUCUAUAUUCACAUAAGUGAUGUGACUUCAGGUAGCUCCUACAGCUUCCCUAGAAGCCAAUGGGAGCUGCAGAUGCUCAGCACCUCU